UUGUUCCUGAGGUGGGAGGCGGCACCCGAGGCUGAGGAGGAGGCCCGAGAGCGACAUGUCCCGGGUUGCUGAGGCAGAACGGUCCGUGGCGCUGUUUUACUGAGUCGGGGGCGGCCUGGCGGCCGGCCGAGAACGAGGGUCGGCAGGGGCUGCCCCCGCAGUGGUGGCCGCCAUGCUGAAGCCCCGGGCAGCCGAGGGAGCCGCUGUGGCGCUUCUCCGGCUGCUGCUGCUGCUGCUGCUGUUGCCACCGGAGCUCCGGGAUCGGGGGCUCGGCGUGGCCGGCGCCGCUGGGGCCGGACUGCCCGAGAGCGUCAUUUGGGCAGUGAACGCGGGCGGCGAGGCGCAUGUGGACGUGCACGGGAUCCACUUCCGCAAGGACCCUCUGGAAGGCCGGGUGGGCCGAGCCUCAGACUAUGGCAUGAAACUGCCAAUCCUGCGCUCCACCCCAGAGGACCAGAUCCUCUAUCAGACAGAGCGGUACAAUGAAGAGACUUUUGGCUACGAAGUACCUGUCAAGGAGGAGGGGGACUAUGUACUGGUGUUGAAGUUUGCUGAGGUUUACUUCGCACAGUCUCAGCAGAAGGUAUUUGAUGUCCGAUUAAAUGGCCAUGUUGUGGUGAAAGACUUAGACAUCUUUGACCGUGUUGGCCACAGCACGGCUCAUGAUGAAAUCAUCCCCAUGAGCAUCAGAAAGGGGAAGCUGAGUGUCCAGGGGGAGGUGUCUACCUUCACCGGGAAGCUCUACAUCGAGUUCGUCAAGGGGUACUAUGACAAUCCCAAAGUCUGUGCGCUCUACAUAAUGGCUGGGACAGUAGACGAUGUACCAAAGCUGCAGCCUCAUCCAGGAUUGGAGAAGAAAGAAGAGGAGGAGGAGGAGGAAGAAUAUGAUGAGGGGUCUAAUCUCAAAAGACAGACCAACAAGAACAGGGUGCAGUCAGGCCCCCGCACACCUAACCCCUACGCCUCGGACAACAGCAGCCUCAUGUUUCCUAUUCUGGUGGCCUUCGGAGUGUUCAUUCCAACCCUCUUCUGCCUCUGCCGCUUGUGAGAACAAAUGACCAUCCUCAGCAGGGUGGAUGGGAGGGGAAAGAAACCAGCCAUGUUGGUUUCUGUAUUCUUCACAGUGUUUUGCAAAAGAGAAACCAAGUCAAACAGCACACACUCACACAUACACAUCCACAGCACACAGACACACACACACACACACACACACACACACACACACACACACACACACACACACACGAAAAGAGAUAAGAGAAGCAGUGUGAGUGGGGUCAACCCACCAACAUUGGUCGCAGAGCUGCUCAGUCCUACUCUGCCUAGCUGGCCCCCCAGCGCUCUUUUUCCUAUGGGGCACUUAGGUGAGUGGAUCCUUUGUCUCCAAGGAUCCUCACUAUAUACCUAGUAGAGAGGACUCUGAACUCGGAGCAGUCACAGCUCCUGGUUUUUUAGGUUAGACAUUAACAAACAGCAGGAAAAUGUCACCUAGCCUGGAAAGACCUCAGUGGGAGUUGGGUGUGUUCUGAGUUUAUGUCCAAAUGUGGUUUCAGAAUUCAUGGUAUUCCAAGUAUGUGCGUGGAGGUAAGGACAGGAAAAAGCAAAGGAUUGGGAAAGAGUCAGUGUGUCCUUCCUGGGAAGCCGUCCUGGGUUGAUCUGUGGAUGGCUCCACCUCACGCCCCUUCAUUGUCAUCUCAUCUUGGUGUGGCCAGUUAGAGGUCUGGUGCCCAGGACGACUAGUGUGUGUCGAUCCUCAGAUCACCCUCAGCUCGUUACUCAACAAAUGGUUUUGAUUUCAGUGCCUGUUGAGGAUUUGAUUUCUUCUCGAUUUUUCUCUUACUCUGGUUCAUCUGAAAUUUCUCACUUCUCAACCAUAGAGCUAAGUCAUUGUCAAAACUGGGCAGGAGAUAGGACAUUGGCGUUCUCUCUGCUGGGGUGUCUGACCCUCCACCACCUCACUUGUUGGUACCUCCCUCCCUGAGUUCCUGAGCCAGCAGCUCUCACUGGCCCUCCGUAGGGUCGUGUUGCCAGGGGACAGGGAUGCUUUCCAGCCUGCAGCAACAGAACACUUGACCUUAAAAGUCUCUUCUGGUCUUUGGAUUAGAAAAGGCUUAUGUUAGCAACCUCAGAGACUUGAGCCCUGCUAAGUGACUGACCACUGUUUAGAAUGUCCAGAAUCUAAUGUCCAUCUGUCCCCGUGUCCUCUGUCCUCUUUCAGCUAGUUUAGGCUUAUGCCUAGAGUCACCCCAAAGAACUGAGACUGGCUGCACCAGCCCAGCUGUUUUCCUCAUUGAUCAGAACAGUACGCUCUGCUGCCCUCUCCUCCCCGUCCAGUAGCAGUUAAGUUCCAUCCAAGUACGAUGGGACUGAAAGACUCCUCGUCGGCCGUAGUUCUGGAGGCUCUGAAUGUCUAACUUUAGCAUCAAAGUGUCUGUCUCAAAUUCCCAGUAAACACCUCUGUAGGAGAUGAAGUUUCCGUGUCCCCCAUCUUUCUUUUGGUCACCUUCAUCUGUCUGUCAGUUAGACACAGUGAGGGACAACCCAGCUGCCAUGGAAGGGGUUUUCUAGGUCAGAAGCAGCGGGGUUUGCUCAGCUUGAGUUGGAGCGGUGUCAGUCUCAGGCCAGGCCCGUAUUUCUGAAUGUGUUUAAAUUUUAGGUCUGCCUUAUCAGACAUUUGAGCUGUGUGACGGGGUAGCUCUUGGGCCAUGUCUUGACUUUGGCUUCUAAUGGUGACUCCAGGCCAGCACUCAGUCAUUUGAGAACUGUCGUCUAUUUUCUCUGUGACUCAGGCUAGCCCUAGGGUACUGAGUUGGCAGUGCACGGCUGUGGCCUAAAGUUGAUGUCAGGAGCACUUCCUGGAGGGCUUGCAAAGGUCCUGCUUCUACAGGAUGAGGUACUACCGGUCCUGGGGACGACCUGCCUCGGGCAGCAGAUGUCCUGACUAAUGGGGCGGCUGCCAGUGGCUGUGGGUCUUGGUCCAUCACUAUUUACAAACCUAUGGGCCGCUGUCAGCACAUUAAAGGAGAAGAGGGAGAA